CGGAAACCGGUCCUCGCUUUCAACUCCUAGCUAUUUUCUCCGCUCCGAUUGUUCUGGUCUUUGAAUGAAAAAAACCAAACACGGACGCGAAUUUGACAGACAGUUGAGCAGAGCUUGGAAUACCGUUGGUACCCCUGGCGCGUUGCUGCACCCAUGGAAAGCAUGGAAAAUCAACGAGCUACUCCAGAUGACAAAAAGUUUGGAGUUGUCAAAUUCGUUGGUGACAAUACCGUCGCCGUUAUUCAUUUAAACUGGGUGGAUGGGGCUGACUGCUUUUGGCCGACUGCAACACACAAGAAUCUUGGUGCUCUCACCUUGGAAGGUGCCCAGCCACAGCCAGAUUGGAAGAAAUCCCGUUUUGCUUCCUUAGGAUGGUAUGACACUUACCAGAAAGCCAGAAGCAAGUUGCCGACGGCCGAGUUGACAUCGGACCUUUGUAGCGACGUGGAGAUGGGUCGUGGGAGAAGGAAAAAAGCCAAGAGGAUUUUGUAUAGUGAAACUGAAUCUGAGGGUGAAGAGACCUACCAGCCACCCAAACCGCCAACUCCACCAUGCUUUAAACCAACAACGAAAAGCGUCCGCUGCAGACGUAAAGUGCCCCAGGUUCGAGAAAAGACUUACAAGCCCUCCGGCAAGCGAGCACAUGGCAGUCGGCGUAAAUCUCAUGAGAAAUUGUCGCCUCAGCACCAUUCACCAACAAGUUAUUUCUCUCAAGAGAAGACACACGGUAAUAAACAUCUACCACUUUUGGAGCUUUUCUGUGGUGGGGUUGUCUUGUAUUAUGUUUAA